CCCUUUUUCUUUCUAAAAUAAAUCCACUUGUACAAGAUAAUAGUGGUGAGGUUUAUCAGGGAGUUUGGCUGCCCUUCAUACGGCGUUCUGAGCUCUUAUUGCUGUUGCCGCUGCUUGUCCAGCAGGUGGAGGAGUUGGUUCAGAGACUGAGUUUUUAUCAUCGGGAGAGGCGCUGAAGAAGCGUUUGGAGGAACCGCGGGUACUCUUUAGCAGCCUGUGCUGAAAUGCCUGUCGGAGAGAUGAUGGAGAAGAAACAAAGCAUGAUAAAGCAGACUGCUGCCAAAAUAAAGACAAAACUCAACAACACAUCGUCAUUCUUCAAGGUCUCCUUGAAAACUAACAACAAGGCUCUUGCUCUCGCUCUGGCGGCUCAGAAGCAGAGAACCCGGCAACUGGAGACCGAGACUGUGGUUGUGCUGAAAGAAGUUCAGGCCCUGAGAUUUGAGCUUGCAAUUCAACGCCACAAAAACAAACAAAUGUUUACUAUCCUGCGUGAGUUUUAUACAUCCUCCAUCAAUACUAUGGCAAAGGCAGUUGACUUUAUUUCCAAAGAAGAGGCAUCUGAGAGCCUAAAUGCAGAGGUCACUCAAGAUACUUGUCACUCUGAGAAAGAAGUAAAUGAGUUGUUACCUGAGCUAAGCAGCACAUCCCAAGUUCCCACCAAAUGUGUGGAACAGGAACCCGCACUGGUCGUGCCUGUGAAUGUUUCAGGAGAGAAUGUUCAACUACCUAGUCACUGUUCAGACAAAAGCAAGGAUAAGCUUCCUAGCCCUGCGAAAGGCUUUGAAACAGCUCAAAAUACUCUAUAUGACUCUGAAAUGGAACUGACCAUAGUUGACAAUGUUUCGGAGAUAGUCACCGUUCAGACAAAGCUGAAGAAAAGCUCUGAAGAUGAUCCGAGAAGAUCUCGAAAACCCAGAGAGUCUGGUUUAACAAGGGGUAGAGAAAGCAUUCUGUCCUCUAAUGGACAAGAACUAGGGACACAGCUAAAUGAUGCCGCUUUGAAUCCACCUGUGAAAGCGUGCUCUGAAGAUCCGGUUCAAGUAAAUGUAAACACGUCCCUUGUUGGUUGCAGUAAUGAAGAGGAUAGCCUGCCACUGCAAGUCAAAACCCUGCCUGGAGAAACAGAGUUGGUCACAGCACGCAGAAAGACUCAUGUUGCUUCUCGCCAUGCUAAAUCCAGCAAACGAACGUGUAGUUCUCAGAAGCGCAGUGUAGAAAACAUAGACACAAGGAAAACGUAUGUUGUAUCAGAUUGCGUUUCCAGCAGUAAUGAACUGGAUGACUAUUUCAGUGAUGUGGCAGUUCAGCAUGGUGAGAAAGGAAGUAUGGACAUACCUGAUGAUCAAGAUAAAGAUGAUGCACUUGUAAAGGUACCUCAGAAUGAAAAAGAAUGUGCAAAGAACCAAAAAACAAAAACAAUCUCGGAGAAGUCAAGACCACAAAAGAGCAAGAAGACUAAAAUUCCAUCUAUCAGUAAGGACCGAAAUGCAUCACACUUGAAAGAGAGCACUGAAAUAUCAUUGACUAAACCUUCAGCCACUGUGAACACUGACCCUCAAAAAAUCCUCACUGAACGAGUAGAAAACCAUAAGAGUAAAGCAUCAGCUCUUUUACUCACUCGGACAGAAGAACCCAACGUGGAGAAAAAUCAAGGAAUGUAUGUGGUCCAUGAACGGCACAGUAGCGUUCUGAACGACAGAAUCCUUUCUGAACAUGUAGAAGAAAACAAUCAGAAUGAAACAUCUGCUCAGGCAGUCUCUCGGACAGAAGAACCUAACAAUGUUAAGAACAGAGGGACGUAUGUGGUCCAUGAACACCCGACCUCUGUGCAGGGUAGCGCUAUGAACAACAAAAUAGUUUCUGACAGUGUAGAAAACAAGAAGAAAAAAAAAUGUGUGAAGUCAGUUUAUCAGACAGAAGAACCUUACACUGUUAAAAAGAGAGGGACGUAUGUGGUCCAUGAACCCCCGACCUCUGUGCACAGUAGCGUUUUAAACGACAGAAUCCUUUCUGAACAUGUAGAAAACAAUCAGAAUGAAACAUUUGCUCAGUCAGUCUAUCAGACAGAAGAACCUUACACUGUUAAAAAUCGAGGGACGUAUGUGGUCCAUGAACACCCGACCUCUGUGCACAGUAGCGUUCUAAAUGACAGAAUCCUUUCUGAUCAAGUGGAAAACAGUCAUAGUAAAACUUCUGCUUGGAGGGAAGAAACCAGCUCAAUGAAUAACCGAGGAACAUAUGUGGUCCCUACAAAUCAGACCUCUUUCCACAGUGACAUUCUGAAUGACAGAAUCCUCUCUGACCAAAUGGAAAACCAUCAUAGUAAAAGCUCUUCUAGGAGCGACGAACCCAGCACAGUUAAAAUCCGAGGCACAUAUGUGGUCCAUGCAAACCAGACCUCUGUCCACAGCGAAAUCCUCAAUGACAGAAGUGGAAAACCUCAGAGUAAGACGUCAGCUCAGUCACACUCUCAGAAAGAAAAAAAACCCAACACAUUUAAUAACAGAGGGACGUAUGUGGUUCAUGAAAGCCAGACUCCUGUUCCUAAUGACACUGUGAAUGAUAGCCAGCCAAUAGACAUUCAAGAUGAUGAUGAAUGUGGACCAAUAGUGCAAACAAGGACACUGGAAGACAAAAAUGAUUUACAGUUCGCUUCAUCAGUGCUUAUUGACCGAUCACGAAAGGAGGAUGGGAUUUCAUCUGUCAAUGAUGAGAGUCUUUUUAAUAAUUCAUUUGAACUGUCUCCAAUACAGCAGCCUAAACCCAAGUACCCUAGAAAAGAGGGGAAGAGUAAAAAAGUAAAAAGCAAGAACAUCACAGCAAGAGAAAAAAAUACAGCUUCAGGCAAGAACAGAGGUCAAAGUUCUAGCUCUAAAAAGAAUGUUGACGUUUUGGUAACUGAAUUGUCUGAACCACAAAUUGAAAGUUAUAUUGAGAAGGAAAAAAACAGCACUCAUAGCAGCACUGCAUUACAGCACUCAAUGCAAGAGUUACAGAACUCUACUCUUGAAGGAUACACCUGGCAAGCACCUGAAAAAGAGACAAGUAGUACAACCAGAAAUUACUCCGUCAUCUUAGACAGCUCUGAUGUAUCUGUUGUUCACAACCAUGACCCUGACAUAACGAGAGACAUCUGUUCAAGACCUCAAAGUAAUGAAGACUACAAGAACCACUGCAGAAAAACCUAUGUUGUUGAAGAGACUAUGGCCUCCAACUGUAGCUCUCAAGACGGUCUAUUUACAAACGAAGAAGUCGAGGAAUCUCUUGCUACUCAUUAUAGCAGCGAAAGACAGUCAACUCCAAGAAAAACUGAAGAGCUCAGACGGAAAGAAAGCGACUUCUUGCCUGAGGAGAGACCGCCGUGGGAAUCUCUAGAUGUUAGUUCUGCUGAGAGUUCUACAUGCGAUAGUCCUGACGCUGCCGAACGUCCCUCACCUGAUACCUCCGCUCAAAGUGUGGAAAUUUACGAGGAGCCAGGGUGGAAUGCGCCACGUCGUUCCCCAGAUAACAGAGUAAUGAAGAGCUUAACAAACACAGACUUAAAUGAUGGUGCAUCAGGGAGAACCCGCAGAAAGGCAGCCCCUGUAUCGUACAAGGAGCCUCCUCUCAACAGUAAAAUGAGACGUGGCGACAAGUUCUCCGAUACCAAAUUCUUAAGGUCUCCUGUGUUCAAAGACAAAAUGAAGAAACGGACUAAGAAAAAUAAGGAGUAAAUCCGUUCUCCCACAUUGCAACCGCAGUUUUAAUGCUUAUUUAUUGUCUUCAAUAAAAUUCUGUUUUAUUUUUUUCUUUUUCAUUUAAUUUGAUUUCUUUUGACGGAGACACCUCUGCCCCUCCCCUUUUAAGUGACCUAUGAAGGAAGGACUCUAUGAUGGAAUCUACGUGGUGGUUGCUAUGUUAUUAAAGUGACGGCUGGGUUCAGGUUCUGCAUGAAUAAUUCAGAAUAGGCUGUUUACCUGAUAUGUCUCCUGUUGCUGGAGUGUAGGAGCGUCUCCUGUACUCUACGCUAUACUCAGCUAAUGUUUACCUUUUGAAUGGAUGUUAACUUUUAUGUGUUGUCUUGAUGAGCAUUUGGUAAGUUAAAAUAUUUUAUUUGUUUAGCCAUAAUGGUAAUGAACUUUUUAUUUCUGUCUAAAACCACAUUAUCCUAUGUCCUGUGUAGAGUGUUUUGCACUGAUGUGUGACUUCUGGUACAUGGAUUUGAAAGAUCUUGAUUCAGGGUGUUUUUGACCACAUACUAAUUUUAAAUGCAGUCUAACGAUACAAUUUUCUGUAGUUUUGAGAUUCUUUGUGAAAACCACAAUUGAAACAUCCGUUCAAGCACAGCCAUUGAUGACACAAUAUUUCUUGAGUUUGACAAGUCAAAUAUAUCUGUUUUAUAUCACUUGUAUCGCAUUUCCUGUUUUUGGCCAGACUAAAUGGGGCUUCAGGUUUACGCUGUGUUUAUUGUUGCCCCUGGUAGCAGAUGUUCCAAUUGGAGAAUAACACAGUAAAUUGUACAAACAAAGAACUUUGUUUUUAUGUAUUUUGUGUGCUGUUCUUAUGUAAUUUCAGAUAUUGUUUAAACUUGUACAUCUGGAAAUAAAUCUUAAUCAGGA